UUUGUAGAAAAGUGGCGAUUUUAUUGUUUAUUUGACAACAAUGUUUUUCGGUUUGAUUUUUUUAAUUUGUCGUUUAUGAACGAUAGGCAAUUCAAUCUAAAUUGUCAGCAGUCUUAUUUAAAGUUUUUGUAAUUGUAAAAUACAUUCCAAAUUAUUUCCGUAUGGCUGCUUAUCCUUCCAGUAAAAACAUAUUUCUAGACGAUGAUGAUAUUGAUGAUGAAGCAUUCCUUAAUACAAACAGAAAUUACAUGUUAAGUAAUAAUAUUAGUUCCAAUGGUUUCUCAUCCAGUAAUAUUCCUUCAUCCAUGGAGGAGAAGAGACAGGAAAUGUUACAAAAAAGGAGAGAGGUAGAACAAAGAACUAUUAAAUCUACUGAGAGAUCCCUUAGUUAUUUGAGAAAUUCUGAAGAAGUUGGUGCAGCUACUGCUGAGGAAUUAUAUCGUCAAAGAGAGCAGCUUGAAAGAACUGAGAAACGUUUGGAUGACAUAAAUACUACCUUACGUUUUAGUCAAAGACACAUUCAAGGAAUCAAGAGUGUAUUUGGUGGUUUAAAGAAUCUCAUUAGUGGAAAAAGUGGAACUUUACCACCAGUAUCCAAAAAUGUAAACACAAAUGAAACACCUACAACACCAUCCUCAAGUAAUUUAUAUGAAGUUAUAGACAGAAAGAAAAAUGAAACAGCGCCUGGCUUGAAAAUUAGAGGGUUAUAUGAUAAUGAUGAAAACACUGUUCUUGAAUCUAAAGCUCAGGACGUAAUAGACAAAAAUUUGGAUCAGAUGUUAACUAGUAUACAUAGAUUAAAAGAUUUAGGAUAUAACCUUGGAGAAGAAAUAACAUCCCAAAAUGAUCUUAUUGAAAAAGUGAUUGACAAAUCAGAAAAGGCUGACUGUUCGUUAAAAAAACAGUCCAAAGACAUUAAUAAAAUGCUCAAAUAAAAUGAAUAUAUGAAAAUAAAAUUAAUUUUUAAAGUUAUUAUGUAAUUAUCAGCUUUAUUUAAAUAUAUAUAUAUAAAUAUAUAUAUAUAUAUAUAUAUAUAUAUAUAUAUAUAUAUAUAUAUAUAUAUAUAUAUAUAUAUAUAUAUAUAUAUAUUGAAUAUUAAAUAUAUUGUUAUACAUUUAUUAUUUUCUUUUAAAGAUAUUAUAUUAUAUAAUAAAAUAAUGUUCCAUUUCAUAUUUAUCUACAUUUGUGAAAAAUAUAUCUUUUGUUAUCUAGUUCGAAAUUUCAUUAUUCUUAUAAGGUACAUGUGAAUAUAUACACAAAUAUAUUAUUAUGUUACAUAUUUCA